AUGCAGGUCCUCAACGUCGCCGCCGUCAACCACACGCAGUGGCCCGGCAGUGGCGAGAUGGGCGACCCCGUCCUUGACGCCUUUUACGCGUCCGACGUGCAGUUCGUCGAUAACGCCACGUACCAGCAGGAGACGGCCCGCGACGCCGGCGCCAAGCUGCUGGAGCGCAUCGGCCGCCCCGCCCAUCCUGGUCGGGCACUCGCAGGGUGGGAUCCUGCCGCUCGUCAUCGCCGACGCAGCCUACUAAUACUGUAA